UUUGGUGGACCGAGAGAGUACUAUUUUAAAUCAAAACAAAAGAUUUUGAAAAAACCCUACGAACUACUCGCUGCUGCGCCGUCCACACUCCACACGCUUCUCCCUCUCCGGCCUCCCCUCCGCCGCCAGCAUAUCGGCGCCGCCAGCAACAGCAGCUCCCUCGGCCGCCAGCAUCUCCCCUGCGCCAUUCUCCCUUGCUCUCCUUCCUUCACCGUCGAAGCACAUCACCCGGCCCCCCCACCAAUAGCUAGUUCGGUCGGUUCGGAGCACGCAUCAAUGGCGAAUCGGCGUUGCUUUCAAACCCUAACCCGCUGUCUCCAGUCCAUCAAAACCCUAACCCCUCUCUCGGAGGCCAUAGCGCCUUUCUCCGUUUAUGCCCUCAACCAAACCAUCGCCGCCACACCCCCAAACUACAUUUUCGUUAAUAAUGUUAACGUUUACCAACGCGCCGCAGUGCCCACGCGUAACUUUAACUCGAGCCCCACCGACAGCGACGAUGUCGAGGAGGAUGACGAGGAAGAUUACGAAAGCGAAGAAGAAGACGAUAUUGAAAAUGAAGAAGAGAGCGCUGUUUUGUCUGCUGAGGAUAAAAAAAUAGAGGCCGCAGAGAUAGGGUACACGGUCAUGGGCCCGCUCCAGAAAUCGGACAGGGUUUUCAAACUGUAUGAGCCCGUGUUCGCGGUUGUUCAGAUUGGAUCGCAUCAAUUCAAGGUGAGCAAUGGGGAUACCAUUUACACAGAGAGGUUAAAGCACUGUGAUGUCAAUGAUAAGUUGGUCCUCAAUAAGGUUCUUAUGCUAGGUUCACAAACACAGACAAUCAUCGGUAGGCCAAUUUUGCCUGAUGCAGCUGUUCAUGCUGUUGUUGAGGAGCAUGCACUAGACGCAAAGGUGAUCAUAUUCAAGAAAAAGAGAAGAAAGAACUACAGAAGAACAAAGGGUCAUCGCCAGGAAUUAACUAAACUAAGGAUAACGGAUAUAGAAGGGAUCGAGAAGCCAGAAAAUACUAUGCCUCUGCCUUCGUCUCCAAAGAAAGAGACGGAAAAGAAGCCAGAGAAGAAGGUGGCUAUGGAAGCUUAAUAGGCACAGAUGCUUUUCUACUACUUUCAAGAUCCAUUUUGUCCAAGAGCUCAAAGGCUGAUAUACAAUUUGUUUCCUAAUGUGGCUGCUGCUUCAGAGACUUUUACAUUCUCAUUCAGCCAUUCAGUGCCCAACUCGCUGUAUUGUAGGAUUGGUUCACAUAUUAAAGUCAAGGCUUUUAUUUCUUGGUGGAAAUAAUAUUAAUUUUAUCGAAUAAAUAAUUUAGUUUGCGUUGA